AUGGAUCGGUUAACCAGAAUGCUUGCCGCCGCCCAAGGUGGCAUGGGCGGUAUGGGAGGACCCCAAGGCGACACCAACCUGAUCGACAACUCGGAAACCGUCUACAUCUCAUCGCUGGCACUGCUCAAGAUGCUGCGCCACGGUCGGGCCGGUGUGCCCAUGGAAGUCAUGGGUCUGAUGCUGGGCGAGUUUGUCGACGAUUACACAGUACGGGUGGUGGAUGUCUUCGCUAUGCCGCAGUCAGGAACCGGUGUCUCUGUCGAGGCUGUAGACCCCGUCUUUCAAACCAAGAUGAUGGACAUGCUGAGACAAACAGGAAGGCAAGAGACCGUCGUUGGCUGGUACCACUCACAUCCGGGUUUCGGCUGCUGGCUGUCAUCGGUCGAUAUCAACACACAGCAGUCAUUCGAGCAGCUCACACCUCGCGCCGUCGCCGUCGUCGUUGACCCCAUCCAGUCGGUCAAGGGCAAGGUCGUCAUCGAUGCUUUCCGCCUCAUCAACCCCCAGGCUCUCAUGAUGGGCCACGAGCCCCGCCAGACCACCUCUAACGUCGGCCACCUCAACAAGCCAUCGAUCCAGGCGCUUAUCCAUGGCCUGAACCGCCACUACUACUCUAUCGGCAUCAACUACCGAAAGACUGCGUUGGAGGAGAACAUGCUGAUGAACCUUCACAAGCAUGUAUGGACAGAGGCUUUGCUCAUGGACGACUUCAAGGGCGAGGGCGAGCGGAAUACCGACAAGCUGCAGAAGCUCGUCACUAUGGCAGACGGCUACGAGAAGCGUGUCAAGGAGGAAACUGAGUUGACCAAGGAUCAAUUGAAGACACGAUACGUCGGAAAGGUCGAUCCAAAGAAGCACAUCUCGGACGUCGGCCAGCAGCUGAUCGAAGACAACAUCGUCUCUGUCUCACGGCAGAUGAUCGACAAGGAAGCCUCAGUACCCAAGUCCAACUCACGGCAAAAUGGCAACGCGUCUAGUGGUGACGACGUGGAGAUGGAGGAGUAG